AUGGAUAAAACGAAAAGCAAAAAACAAAUUGGCAACGCCAAAGGGAAGAAACCCGCUAAGAAGGUCAUAAAAAAAGUUGUAAAAAAAGUUUUGGGGAAGAAAAAAAAAACGGUCAAAAAACUUAAGGCAGUUCGAUUAUAUGAGAAAGGAGUGAUCUUGGGAUACAAGAGAUCUCAAAGAAACCAAGACCCCAACUUUACCCUUAUUUCGAUAAGGAAUGUGCAUACGAAAAAGCAUGCCCAGUUUUAUGUGGGCAAAAGGAUUGCCUACGUAUACAGGACGAAUAAGCACCAUGACGGAGUGAAGAUUAAGUGCAUAUGGGGAAAGGUAUGCAGAACGCACGGAAACAGCGGAGUGAUUCGCGCAAGAUUCAGAAGCAAUAUCCCUCCUAAGGCCUUUGGAGACAGAGUCAGGAUACUCAUGUACCCGUCGAACAUUUGA